AAAGGCAGCCUACGGGAUGAGCGGGGGAUGGGGAGAGAAGAGGGAUAGGGCCAGCAAGGCAGGGAUCGAAGGAGUGUCUGGCAGCCGGGAGCCCAGCGAAGAGAGCGAGCAAGCUUAGGAAAGCGAGCGAACUAAAGGGAGUAGGGGAGACUGAGACUGACCGGUAGCCAGGCAGGCGGACGGACGCACGCCCGGACAGACUGAGCAGGCGCCGGAGAACCACUCACAGGUUCCCCCCGCCUUUCCCUUUGAAAGCUAGGAUUUUGCCUUUCCCGUGGCGCCCGAGAGAGAAUGCUGGACUCUGCCGACUUCAGCGCAAGCUAAGAUUUCUCAGCUAGGGACGAAAGAUCAGCCCAAUCCUGAGAAGGGGGAAACCAAGCACCCCAUCCCCAUCCCCCUCCCCUCCCCCCGACUAAACUCGGGCGCCAAACCCAGCCCUUCCCUAACCAUCCUACUUCCUCCUCUCCUUUCUAGCAUGGUGGCUGUAUGGACAGUCUGACAGAACAGAGACUGACAUCUCCCAAUCUGCCGGCCCCCCACCUGGAACACUACAGUGUUCUGCAUUGCACCAUGACCCUGGAUGUGCAAACUGUAGUCGUUUUUGCCGUGAUUGUAGUCCUCCUGCUUGUCAAUGUCAUACUCAUGUUUUUCCUGGGAACGCGCUGAAUGGAGUCCAGCCACCUGAGCUGUCGCGAACUCUCGCUUUGAUUUCAUCCCGAGAGCCACCGAGAAAAAAAAAAAUCACAGACAGACAGGGAAAGAGAGAGAAAGAACAAGCUUUCUUACUCAGGGGGGAAAACGUUUUGAGCUUCAACAUGGCCUCGCUGUGAUAUGUAUGACGUUGCUGAUCACUGGAGAUUCCAUCGUUAGUGCUGAGGCAGUAUGGGAUCACGUCACCAUGGCCAACCGGGAGUUGGCAUUUAAAGCUGGCGACGUCAUCAAAGUCUUGGAUGCUUCCAACAAGGAUUGGUGGUGGGGCCAGAUCGACGAUGAGGAGGGAUGGUUUCCUGCCAGCUUUGUGAGGCUUUGGGUGAACCAGGAGGAUGAGGUGGAGGAGGGGCCCAGUGAUGUGCAGAAUGGACACCUGGACCCCAAUUCAGACUGCCUCUGUCUGGGGCGGCCACUACAGAACCGGGACCAGAUGCGGGCCAACGUCAUCAAUGAGAUAAUGAGCACUGAACGUCACUACAUCAAGCACCUCAAGGAUAUUUGUGAGGGCUAUCUGAAGCAGUGCCGGAAGAGAAGGGACAUGUUCAGUGACGAGCAACUGAAGGUAAUCUUUGGGAACAUUGAAGAUAUCUACAGAUUUCAGAUGGGCUUUGUGAGAGACCUGGAGAAACAGUAUAACAAUGAUGACCCCCACCUCAGCGAGAUAGGACCCUGCUUCCUAGAGCACCAAGAUGGAUUCUGGAUAUACUCUGAGUAUUGUAACAACCACCUGGAUGCUUGCAUGGAGCUCUCCAAACUGAUGAAAGACAGCCGCUACCAGCACUUCUUUGAGGCCUGUCGCCUCUUGCAGCAGAUGAUUGACAUUGCUAUCGAUGGUUUCCUUUUGACUCCAGUGCAGAAGAUCUGCAAGUAUCCCUUACAGUUGGCUGAGCUCCUAAAGUAUACUGCCCAAGACCACAGUGACUACAGGUAUGUGGCAGCUGCUUUGGCUGUCAUGAGAAAUGUGACUCAGCAGAUCAACGAACGCAAGCGACGUUUAGAGAAUAUUGACAAGAUUGCUCAGUGGCAGGCUUCUGUCCUAGACUGGGAGGGCGAGGACAUCCUAGACAGGAGCUCGGAGCUGAUCUACACUGGGGAGAUGGCCUGGAUCUACCAGCCCUACGGCCGCAACCAGCAGCGGGUCUUCUUCCUGUUUGACCACCAGAUGGUCCUCUGCAAGAAGGACCUAAUCCGGAGAGACAUCCUGUACUACAAAGGCCGCAUUGACAUGGAUAAAUAUGAGGUAGUUGACAUUGAGGAUGGCAGAGAUGAUGACUUUAAUGUCAGCAUGAAGAAUGCCUUCAAGCUUCACAACAAGGAGACUGAGGAGAUACAUCUGUUCUUUGCCAAGAAGCUGGAGGAAAAAAUACGCUGGCUCAGGGCUUUCAGAGAAGAGAGGAAAAUGGUACAGGAAGAUGAAAAAAUCGGCUUUGAAAUUUCUGAAAACCAGAAGAGGCAGGCUGCAAUGACUGUGAGAAAAGUCCCUAAGCAAAAAGGUGUCAACUCUGCCCGCUCAGUUCCUCCGUCCUACCCACCACCGCAGGACCCGUUAAACCACGGCCAGUACCUGGUCCCCGACGGCAUCGCUCAGUCGCAGGUCUUUGAGUUCACCGAACCCAAGCGCAGUCAGUCACCAUUCUGGCAAAACUUCAGCAGGUUAACCCCCUUCAAAAAAUGAUACCUACAGGGAGGCAGAUAAUUUUAAAAUAAAGUAAAUAAAAUUAUAUUUAUAGAUGGACCUUUUUUCGGAGAAGCACUGUUGAAAUUUGUACACACACACACACACACACACAGACCCUUGAGUACACAUACACACACACACACACACAUACACACAGAGAGAGAGAGAGAGAGAGAGAGAUAAGGAACAAAAGUGUUUUCUGUUUUUUUGGGGAAGUGAAAUCUGUGGUUGGUAGGAAGAGGUACCAAUGACUUCCAAACAUGUGAUCCCAUCUUAAAAGUUUUCCAUUUUUACCCUGUCCCCCUUCCCUUUGCUUUCAGAAGUUGACAUUUCUAUUUAUUCCUUUUCUUGUUAAGAUAAUCUCUUUGCUCCCCUGUGAGUGAUUCACUGCCUUGUCAUUACUACCAUAGAUGUUUGUAUUUUUUUUUCUUUUCUGAUGAUACUGAUGUUGAUGAAUUUUUAAUUUUAUUUGAUGUGGUAGAGUUGGGAGGUUUGGGGUUUUUUUGCCUCUUUUACUUUCCAUUGAGGAAGGGAAUGAUCUCCUUUUAUCCUCUCCUUCAGCCAAUCAUUUUCAAAUGUUCCUUCAGCCCUGCAGUUGCCCCAAAUAACCUUUUUUCAGCAUCCUCUGUCCUCAGUCAUGCCAGUCUGGACAUGCUCUGUUGUGCCCUGUGACAUAACUGCUCAGUAUUCCUAUUGCUUUUACUGUGUUUUAGGUACUGUGGAGAGAUCAAAAAACCAAACAGAAGCAGGGGAGUAUCAGACUAUAAUGAUGCUGAGUGGACUUCUGUUCAGGGAACAUUUUGCAUUUGGGCUGUUUCUUCUAUCACUGGGGUUUCCCAUGUUGCAGCACUGCUGGGUCAUUGCAAUUUUACAUCUAGGGGUUAAUUUGAUCCAGGCGUUCUCUUUUUUCAAGUCACUUUUGUUAUAGGCCUCCUCCUAGGCCUGUCUCUCCCUUAGCCCAAAAGAUCUGAACUGGAAGCAAAGAGGUUGAGAUUCUGCCUCCCAGAGGAGGGAUUUACCUGCCCCCUAGUACCAGAUAGGUUUAGGGCAGGGAUCCCUACAGCAAUCAGUUCAGUGUCCUGGUUGUCCCUGCUCCCAUUUACAGAUGUUUGGGCAGUGUUGAUAGGAGUAUGGAGGGGUUCAAGACAGAGCCCACCUGACCAAGAUCAUCAGCUGCCUUCAAAUUACUGACCUGGACAGGGUCCAAGGCUGAUAGUAACCUUUUACAAGAAACAACAGGGAUGAGAACGGAAAGCGAUAGCCUUGAUCCACAGUAUUGUACCUGCAUUUUCUACCACCCCAAAAUUGUGUGAGACUUCUCCCAUUGUUAGCAGAUUGCAUGGACAAUCUUCCCUGGCUUCUUUCUUUCCCUCUCUCUUUCUUCUUUCUCCUGCCAUCCUAGCACAGGAGGAUUUUUGGUAUUGAUAUAGUUAAAGCUGUUCUGGCACUCAAAGAAGGCCCUGUUUCCAACAUCCUCUCUUCCCAGGACAUUUGGGACAAGUGAGUGCGGGACCCAGGGGCAAUUUUCCCUCUGAAUAAGGGGUCUGAGGCGGGGUUGCUACCCUUAGGCUAGCUUUUGGCCAGCUUCUUGCUUGGGAAAAUUGAACUUCUUUCACAAAGAGGCAGGCUUCCUAUGGGUGUCGGAGUACCUGUUUUUCCUCCACAGAGAGCCCUUUUCAUGGAUAGACCUUGAACAACAAAAAGGGUAUAAAGGAAUAAGGAUGAACUCUGCUGUGGAGAGCAAGCCACUGUAGUGAGGAAUGUGGAGAUUGUGAGUCUGUCCUAAACCCCAUGGGAGAAGACUUCAUCAUGAAAGGACUUCAGCUUACCAAGCAGCAGCCAUAGCUGUGUGGAGGCUUCAGCAUAGCUAACAUGUUUACUGCUCUAUGCUUCCUGAUCCAGACCAGGCAUUAAACAGCCUGGGAAUCUUUUCUUUGUGGGAAUCAAAUUACAAGCUAUUUAAGCCUCUAUUCCAUCACAACCAAGUCAGAUAUGUAUUAUAAGUCAAGGAUGAGCCUAAUCUGGGGAGAGGGCCGGGGCUCGGGACUGGCCACCGCUGUUCAGCACAUGACCUAACUACGUAAGCCUCCUUGGCAAGGCACCUGGUGCCCAGCACCCAGGCUAGAAUAUCCUGUCUGGCAAACAGAGUGUUUUGGUAGCUGUGCAGGCCUCCCUUCAGUGUACCUCUUUUUCCUACUUCUCACUCCUCCUCACUAGGCUUGGCCUUGACAUGCUUCUUCGAGGGUUGGCAGCACACCGGGAGGGGAUGCUUGGACAAGUUUCUGGGCCUACAUUUCUUAACUAGGCCCUCUCAUUUCCUCCCUCCUUGGGCCUUGUGCCCAGGGCUCCAUGAUCAGGGAUAUUACCUCUCAACCCUCACUUCUCUACUGAACCCACUGGCAUCACCAGAUGCCAGUAAUUUGUGAACAACAAGAAAUCAUCUCCCUGUUGGUUGGAGUAUUCCCACAGCCUGUAGCAUCAAAGCAGACCAGUGGCCAACAGCCCCAAGGGGAGCCCAAUUAAAUACCUGGGUUCAGUAUCCUAACCUGUUGUGUCCUGACAGCAAUGGUAACCCCAAGAAUUCUGUAAUCCUCUCAUUUCCACAUGGCCCCGAGCUCCCUUUUCCUCAACUCAAUGAGGCCAGGAUUUGCUCUCCAAAGGGCUUUGCUAAUGUGUUCUAUGGGACCUGCUACCGGGAGUCCUAAGACAGACAUCUAAUUAUUCUCUCUUUUUUUCUCCCCCUCUCUCUAUGUGUAUAUUUCUAAUGGAUCUAUAAGAACAGCAACAAGAGAGUUCUAACAAUUCUAGUGUGAAGCCAAAUAGUGAUCUUUUAGUGCUUUGGGGAUGGGUGGGCUGGGGUGGAUGGAUGGGCAACAGUGACUUUGAUUACCCUUGCUGCUCUGCAUUUGCCAGUUUGUUCUUCUGUUUCUUUUAUCUGACUGUUUGACUCUGUCAAACAAGUGUCAAAGUUGUGUGUUAAAAAAAUGUUUAACAAAAAAAAUGUUGUAAUGACACAAAGCCUUAUGAAAAUAUUUAUGGAGUUCAAUAAAAGAAGUAAAAAGACA